AUGAUGGAGUUUAACAAUAUCAAACCUUCCGAAAUUAUUUUCAAGACAAAACUUUUUGCCUCUGAUUAUUCUGUGAUAUUCCUUGUCACGGUUCGUGGCCAGAUAUGUGUCAUGAAGGUGCAUCAUGGUCGAGGGCCACGGCGGUACUACGAGCCAAAAGAUCCGGCUAAAGGAGCGAGGGCUGUGUGGAGUGGAGUCAUCCCUCAUUUCCUUGGAUUGAUGGAGAAAUUUGACCCACAAUUGUGUCAACCUUACCUGAAAAUGUUCCUUCAUGAUAAAUACCUUCCCAGCGCUAUUUUUCUGGAGUACAUACCAAAUCUUGAGAUGAUUCAUCUGCACAACUACUCACAAAAACGAAUGGACAACUUUAUCAAAGGCCUACGGGAGAUUCAUGAGGCAGGAGUACGGCACAGAGAUCCAAAGCCUAGGAACAUGAUGAUUGUUAAAGAUGAUGCAGAAAGAGUUUUUUGGAUAGAUUUUGAUCGAGCAGAGACCUACAACAUUCCAGUCACUGAUGAACAAAAACAGCUUCUGGACGAGGAGGAGGAGAUAGUUCUUGGCUUCAGGGACUGUUUGCAAGCCGAUUGUACAACAGGGAAACUUGAUCAAAUCCAACCGUGUCACGCAUGA